CAAUGCCUUUCUUUUCCACGAGGCAGAGCACUGCAAAGUAACACUGUUCCGGAAUUUAGCAUUUCUGUUUUGUAGUGUAGCUAUAUAUCAUAACAGCGUCUUAUUUUUCGUGUAGGAAUAAAAGGUGCCUCGCCGUCCUUCAUGAAUAGCUAACGUCGGGUCGCUCUACUUACAUGACGUUCACACAUUGACGUCUCAUCGUUCAUUUAUGCAACUGUUGUCAUAUUGAAGCCUACACAGCACUAGCUAAAGAGCGACACUGACAAGCCUGAAACGCAAAUCUAUUACUGUAAACUUUGUAUUUGUUAGCUUGCUAUAACGUUUCCAUUUGCCGAUUUAAAUAAUAAUUUUCAUUCUUUAUCAUACUCAGUCAAGAAAUUGAAAUCUUGAUUGGCCCGUAACGUUACUGUAAUUUUAUGGGACUAUCUCGCUAACCGUGCAUGGAUAAUUAUUUGGGGGUAAGAGAUUUGGUAGGUCAGCCUAAGGGGAGCAUCCCCUUCUGUGUGAUUGGAAAAGGAAGUGCCACGUGCGCCCUCCCCAGCUCCGCCUGCCCACGCUUUUGGAAUAUUCCUGUUUGAACCAAUUUAUUUGUUCAUCUACCUUGACUUCUCCCCUAAGCAGAUUCGCCAAAGGCAGGACAGGAUGGCCCUCAGCAGCUUUGACAUCGAUGCCCCCCGCUGGGACCAGUCCACCUUCAUGGGGCGGCUGAAGAACUUCUUCAACAUCACCGACUGUCGCACCGCCCUGCUGCCUGAUGCCAAGCUGGACGAGGCCAAGGUCCUGGUAGAGAGUUGCAGGGCGGGAACACUCCCCCCUGGCACCACCGUGGAGCAGCUGCACUACGCCAAGAAGCUGUACGACUCGGCCUUCCACCCCGACACAGGCGACCGCAUGAACCUCAUCGGCAGGAUGUCCUUCCAGGUGCCCGGGGGCAUGGCCAUCACAGGCUUCAUGCUGCAGUUCUACAGGACGGUUCCAGCCGUGGUGUUCUGGCAGUGGGUUAACCAGUCCUUCAACGCCCUGGUCAAUUACACCAACCGCAAUGCUGCCUCUCCCAUCACACCCAAACAAAUUGGGGUGGCCUAUGUGACAGCCACCACCACCGCCCUGGCCACAGCUGUUGGGCUGAACCUGUACACCAAGAAAGCUCCCCCUCUGGUGGCUCGAUGGGUUCCCUUCGCUGCUGUGGCUGCCGCUAACUGCGUCAACAUCCCCAUGAUGAGGCAACAGGAGAUCCUGAGUGGCAUUGCGGUCACGGACGAGAACGGGAACAAGCUGGGACACUCCCAGAGAGCAGCCGUGAAGGGCAUCACACAGGUGGUCAUCUCUCGCGUAACCAUGGCAGCCCCAGGCAUGAUCAUCCUGCCCAUUAUAAUGCAGAGAAUGGAAAAGUACAAAUGGAUGCAGAGAAUUACCUAUCUCCAUGGACCGUUGCAAGUGAUGAUGGUGGGAGUCUUCCUUGUCUUCAUGGUGCCUGCUGCCUGCUCUCUAUUUCCCCAGAGAUGCUCAAUGGCUGUUGCUAAUCUGGAGCCUGAGCUGAGGAAUUCCAUCGUCUCCCAGUACGGUGAAGGUGUCCGCUACGUCUACUUCAACAAGGGUCUGUGAACCCUUCUCUCCAGGCUUCAACACCAGGCAGAAUGUGUGGGAUAUGUCCCCUUGGUUACUUGAGCAAAUGGUAGCACAGGCCUUUGAUAGGACCAGUCAAAAUGGGUACUGAUUGGGGGAGUGGCUACCAAACAGUAGCUUCUUCUUUGAUUCAACAUUAUCAGGGCACUGAAAAAUACGUACAGGUAAACGGUUUUGGGAUACACCAAGCAGACGCUUUACCUAAAAUGCUAUUACUUAGCAGGUAAAAAAGGGUGAAAAAAAGCUUGCUCUGUCCAGAAACCAAGAUUACAGCUGUUAAUGAUUUGUGAUCUUGUAUGAAAGGUUUUAAAUGACUUUAUAUUAGAAAUAUUAAAUGAUUAGCCAAGCAA